AUCGCGCCACAGCUUUACAGCCUCUUCUAAACACCCACUCGAUUUCGUCUGCAAUUUUGGUAUCGAUCGAGAGAGGGAAAGAUGCCUGCGGGACAUGGAUUACGUUCAAGAACAAGGGAUUUGUUCGCAAGAGGAUUCAGGAAGAAGGGUACCAUUCAUCUUUCCACUUACCUCAGAACUUAUCACGUCGGAGAUUACGUCGAUGUCAAGGUGAACGGCGCCAUUCACAAAGGUAUGCCCCACAAGUUCUACCAUGGCCGCACCGGUCAAGUCUGGAACGUCACCAAGCGCGCCAUCGGCGUCGAAAUGAACAAACAGGUUGGUAACAGAAUCAUCAAGAAGAGGAUUCAUGUUCGAAUUGAACAUGUGAUGCCUUCGAGGUGCAAUGAGGAACUGAAACAGAGGAUUAAGAAGAACGAUCAGCUGAAGGCGGAGGCGAAGGCGAAGGGGGUUGUGAUCAGUACCAAAAGGCAACCACUUGGACCGAAACCAGGGUUUAUGGUUGAAGGGACGACUCUAGAGACUGUAACUCCGAUUCCAUAUGAUGUUGUCAAUGAUCUCAAGGGUGGAUAUUAAGUCGAGAGCUUGUUUCAAAUCUUUGUGUCAGUUUUGUUUUAUGACAUUGAUAUGUUUUAUGUUUAAUUUAGACUCGUUUUGUGUUUUUGUUGAUUUAUCAAGGAUUUGGUUGAAACUUUUGAAACUAUUUUCAUGAAACAGAUGUUAGUGUUCGUA